UCAAGCCACAGAGCUUCUCUACGUUCACAACUCAGUCCUGGAACGUAUUUGGUCACCUGGGAACUGGAAAAAGUGAAUCCGAAGUAAUGGCUGAAGCAAUACCACUCCGAGAAAAGAAGCAGAGAACUCUCCCUCGGUCUGAUGGGUGUGGUCUGAAUAACUUUGACGCUGUGGAUUUGUCCAAAGGGUUAAGAAUCAUCCUGGUGGGCAAGACUGGAUCAGGCAAGAGUGCGUCAGGAAACACCAUCCUUGGGAGAGCUGCCUUUAAAGAGGACCCGAGCCCAGUGUCUGUGACCAAACACUGUGAGACACAGAGCGGGGAAGUGGAUGGGACUAUGGUCCAGGUGAUUGACACUCCAGGUUUGUUUGAUACAGGCAUCACAGAGGAAGAAUUAAAAACCAGGAUAGAGGAGUGUGUCAAGAUGUCUGUGCCCGGCCCUCAUGCCUUCCUACUGGUGAUCAGGCUCGGAGUCAGGUUCACCGAAGAGGAGAGAAAUGCUGUGAAGUGGAUCCAGGAUAACUUUGGAGACGAUGCCUCCAUGUACACUAUCAUGCUGUUUACAUGCAAAGAUCAGGCCAAAGCUGACAAUGCUCUGAAGGAGUGCAAGGAGCUGCGGAGACUCUCUAUUACAUUUGGUCGCAGGUACCAUUCCUUCAACAACAACGACGCAGAUGACCAAGUACAGGUCAAAGAGCUGAUCACCAUGAUAAAGGAAAUGGUACUGGAGAACGAGGGGAAACACUACACCAAUGAGAUGUAUGAAAAAGCCCAGAGGAAGCUGAGAGAGGAGGAGGAUCGGCAAAAACAAGAGGAGGAAGAGAAGAAAGAAGAGGAGAGGAAAAUAUGGGACGCAGAGAGGGAGAAGCAAGAGAAGGAGAGAGAAAAGGAGAAAAGGGUUAAAAGAAAGAAUAUAUGGGUUGCCUCGGCUAUUGCUAUUGUGUUGGUGUUAGCAGGGGUGGUUAUAGCAGUGGGAGCCAACACCCCAGUGGCUUUGGCACUAGGAGCUCCUGCGCUUGUCCUGGGGGUGUUAUGUGGUGUAGCUGCCUUUUGCAUAUGGAAGGGCAUUAGAUGCAAAGGGAAAGCAAAUGUUCCAGUAUAACUAGGUGGAGGCUAGUGACAAGGAUGUGUUGAUCCAUCUGCAGUAUGUGACACUGAAUAUAUAGUCAUAGUACUACACACAUUACUAUUUACUGUUUAGAACUACUCAGUGAAUGAUGUUGUUUUGGCCUUUUCUGCAUUCUGUCUCCAAACUUUUUAAGUUUUGACACAACACUGCAAUAACAGCUGUGAAUUUAACGCUGACAGUAAACAAACGGUAUGAAAUGCAAUACUUUUCUUUUUGUUUGUUUUCUUUUCAUUCAUUUAUUGUAUGGAGCUUAUAUAUAAAACCCACGUCAUGAGUUCUACUUGGAGAGAUACAGUUUGAAUCCCCAUAAAUAACAAAACCAUUGCCAGAAAGAAAAGUUGGCAUUGUACAUUUUCUGCAAACAGGUGUGUUACAUUUGCACGUUUUCAUGAAGCGGAUCCGUUGAAACUUAACAUAAUGCGUGGUAAGGUAUAGGCACAAAAAGCACUUGGUUAGUGUUAGGAAAAUAUCAUGUUUGGGUUUAAGAUAACCACUUUGGAUGGCACAAAUAAGGCCAGAGAGGGAGCAAUGUGUCGAUAAAAAACAACUGCUUUUUGUGGCACUGUCCUGGCAGAAGAAAAAUGGCCGCUUUAUGUAUCACCAUUCCAGCAGGAAAAGCAGUGAUGUCUCCAUAAAAAACAACCACUUUUCAUGCCUAAAAAGCUGCUGGAAACACA